CGCAACCACGGUGCAAAAUCCCGGUAGUUUGCUAUCGUUCGGUCCGCGUGAUUUACUUAAAAUCUAGACAUGUGCAAUAUCUGUAAAUAGAUUGUAAAUAAAUCAUAUCAGUGAAAAGGUCGUCAAUAAGAAGUGAGGGGUUGAGGUGACGUUAUAUGGUGGGAAAUACACCUUCCAAAUUAGGCUGUCAUAAUUUGAGAUAUUACAAGUGCACGGCUACUCAUGUCCUAAAUCAUAAUGCAAGAACAUUCGUUUGGAGUGUUUCCGGUUAUGAGUUAAAAGAGAACACGGCGCUUCGACAGAUGGAAAGAACUCAGCACCGUGUCCUUUGGCAUUUCAUUGGUUUUAUAUAAUCAAGAGGAUCAGAGACAAGUUCUAUAAUACUAUUUUUAUCCUUACAGAAUCUAAACAUUAACCAAUCAUCAUGUAAAAAGACACCCAUCUAUAAAUGAAUAUACCACUUAAAAUAUCUAGAUUAAUCAAACCUACACAAACCCACAUGCACGAGUUAUGUACUUCAACAAUUUUACAAUUACGCUAUUCAUUUUAUAUGGCAACAAUUCCCUGUCACAAAGCAAAAGGUGGGCGUCAAUGAAAUCUAGUCAAACAGAUUAUUUCAAGUCUUAGAAUAAUUCUUACAAAUGGAGAGAAAGUGACACGCUGCUUCUUGCUUUCCGUACGAACAAUAUGGAAUGUCAGUGGUAGUCCGUCUGUCCAGAUAAUACUUUAACAAGCUCAACAUUAUGUCUUACCAAAACACUUUUGAUAAUAAAGGUUGCUUAUCUUGAAUUAUUUUGGCUUUCACAUGUGUACACACACACACACACACACACACACACACACAUAUAUAUAUAUAUAUAUAUAUAUAUAUAAUGCCAGAAAAAUGCUUUUCCUAACAUUCCGCGUGUUGGAAGCUUUAUAAACCGUGAAUUCGAGAAACAAUAAUAUUUUUUGGAAAACAACUAUUCAUUCCAUCUGUACUUCAUGCCUUCCAAGGAUAAUGACGAUGUGGCAAAAUAUCCACAAUCGGCAUAUAUUUGAACAUAUGUUUAAAAAAUCCCUUUCGGCCUUGAUAACAGAGAUUUUUUUUUAUACCCCCCGCAACAAGUUGUGGGGGGGGGGGGGGUAUACUGGAAUCGGGUUGUCCGUCUGUCUGUCCGUCCGUCCGUCUGUAGACGCAAUGGUUUCCGGGCUCUAAAGCAUUAUCCUUUCCACCUACCGUCACCAUAUCAUAUAUAUGGACUACCCAUGGGAUGAAGAUGUUCCCUAUCGAUUUUAGGUCAAAAGGUCAAAGGUGAAGCGCACUGGACAUCGAAGUAGCAAUAUGGUUUCCAGGCUCUAAAGCGUUAUCCUUUCCACUUACAGUCACCAUAUCAUACAUAUGGACUACCCAUGGGAUGAAGAUGUUCCCUAUCGAUUUUGGGGUCAAAGGUCAAGCGCACUGGACAUCGAAGUAGCAAUAUGAUUUCCGGGCUCUAAAGCGUUAUCCUUUCCAUGUACAGUCACCAUAUCAUACAUAUGGACUACCCAUGGGAUGAAGAUGUUCCCUAUCGAUUUUGGGGUCAAAAGGUCAAAGGUCACGCGCACUGGACAUCGAAGUAGCAAUAUGGUUCGGUUUGUCAUGCCAUUUGUUUUUUACACUCAGAAAAGAGGUAGUUUAUAGCUAUUACCAACGCCCUUUGGGAGAUUGGGGUAAGCGGGGGUUAUUCUUAGUGAGCAUUGCUCACAGUACCUCUUGUUUAUUUCCAACCUAAUUCAAAUAAAACAAAAGGCCCUUAGGCAGCAUAGCUCACCCAGGCCACCUUGGCUUGCUGUGGUUCAGCUGUUGUUCUUAAAAGUGUGUAAAACUCCAAGGCCACAAGGUCAAAGAUCAUGGUAUGAAAUGAAAGGACUUGCAAUAAUAUAUAUAUAUAUAUUGAAAAUCAGAAUGACACAUCCAUAAAAAACAAUCAUUUACUGCUGUAAAUGAUUGUGUUUUUUAUGGAAUGUGUCAUUUUGAUUUUCAAUAUUUAUUUACAACUGUGCCGAAUCAACUUCUAAUAAUAUAUAUACAAAAUGUGAAAGCUACACCUUAAUAGUUCAGGAGAUCUUUUAAAAAGUAGGUCAAACUUCAAGGUCAAGAUCACAAGGUCAAACACCAUGGUAUCAUUUAAAAGGUCUUGCUAUAAAGACCCUAUAUACAACAUAUGCCAGCCCUAUCUUAUCGCAAAUCUCGCUUGAAAGUAUACACUACGGCCGAAACAGUUAUACAUAUUGGAUUUGACAGUUGAUCAGAGUGUCGUCACUGAACACAUUGUUAUUUCUGUCGUAGUGUUUACUUUCAAGCGAGAUUUGCGAUAAAUAGUUCAGGAGAUAAUCACUAGGUUACAUUUGCUUAAAGGUAGGCCGAACUCUAAGAUCAAGGUCACAAGGUUAAAACCUUUGAUACAAACAAGGGUUUUUCGCAAAGAAUAUACAUAUAACAUAUAUACAUAGCUCACUAUUUAAAAGUUUAAAAUUUGGGUCAAACUCAGAUCAGAAAAUCAACGUUUUUUUACUGGAGGAGAAGGUGGCCUAGAAUGGAAGACUCCGCAUGUAUAUAUACCGUGUUAAAUGGUAAUCAACAAAUGUAGAUUUAUGUGAUAAAUGGAUUAAUUGAAUAAUGUUUAAUGGCCCUCUCGAGAAUAUUUCACUCAUAUGGAGACGUCACCACUGCCGGUGAUGUAGAUUUACGUGAUAAAAAAGUGCAAGAUGAUAUCGACAAAAAAACCCCGAUUUUUAUUGUAGAAAAUUACAUGUAUCUAUUCUUCUGAUAGUUGUGCCAUAACUGACCCUGCACAUGUAUAUACGGAGAGCGUAGCCUGUUGCAUGCUUCUAUGAUCAACUGUCUUCUGAAUACCUAGUCUAAGAUAUUUUGCGGUACAUGGAUCAAUACACAGCUGAUAUGACUACAUGUAUAUCAUAGAGAGAUAGCACUGUGACGUCACAUGUGCCUGUAACUGAUGAACAUCACGAAUGCUGUAUAUUUCAUCUCUUGCCGCUCAAUGUGUCCCCGUCUUGCAAAGGUCGGUCAGUUCUGCUCUUUUUUCUGAUUAAUUAUAAAUCUCAUAUCCGGCAUCAAUUAUACUAUUAAUACUGAUCAAAGUACAAUUGUGCAGUACGCUUGUACUUGAUGUAUCGAUGGAAUUCGGCGUUUUAAUAAUCUGCACUCAAUGAUCCUUUACAACCCGGAAAAUCUUAUCAAUGCAAUACGUGUUGCUAUAAUAGUUUCGUACAGAAAUAUUCUUCCUUUUUCUCGUUUUGAAAUGUGAAAGGUUAAUUCAUAGGUGCAAAAUAUAAAAUUUCUGACAAUGGGACUUUCCUGCAACAGUGAUUCGGUGGUUGCAUCAAAGCCAUUAAGUACACCCUGGAUAUGCAUUUCUUCUACACAGCAGACAGACAGUUACUUAGUAACAUGGUCAUGUCAACACUAGCAAUGUCAAUUCUACUUUGGCUUGGCUUUCAAUGAGGAAACGAGCAAAGUAAAAAAAAAAUAUUCGUGGGGUCUGAACGACAUAGAAUGGUCAUUAUUCCUCUACUCUGGUCUGAUAUGUAACAUCAUAAUAUUAAAUAUCUUAAUUCGGUCGAAUAAUUGCAAUUUCCAAGUAUUAUGUACACUACUAGCUGCAGAACUGUAGCUCUCUGAGAAAAUAUUGAGACAGAUCACACUGAGAUCUGCAGCUAGUACAUUUGUACUCUACUAAAUAUGCCCAUAGUUGAUUAAGUGCCAAAAAAAAAAUAAUAAAAAAAUCCAAGAGCUAUACAAUCUAAAUAAACUAGAAUCAGUAAAUACAUCUGAUGAAUAUCUUUAUCUCCAACACGAUCACAGCAAUUCCGAAAAAUAGACACAUAUAUAGGCCUACAUGGUUUUAAAAAAUGCACUAUAUGACCCAAAGGCUGAAACUGGCAGAAGGGACAAUCUUCUCUGAUUUUGUAUUUGUGUGGUGUAUGGUCGUUCAGAUAAAAGCAUUUAGUUCUUAUACCAAUGAUAAUUUUCCAAUCUCUUAAGGUAGGGUUUGCGACAGUUUGACAUGUAGCGAACAAAGUCAUGUUGCAUAUCAAUAUGUUCAGUAGGAAUUUAUCUUUAAAAAAAAUUCGACCGGGUCAUUUUUUGACCAAAUGGGCUUAUUUUUGUGAUAUUUUACAUUUUCGGGAUCUUUGUACAAAAGGGAAUUCUAGUGGUAUAAAAACUAUUCGAGACAAACUUAUGGGGUAAAAAAGGUGGUAGAAUUUAUUUUUGAAAAGUAUUAUCUGUAAGUUUAUACUAAUUGGUAGAAAAAUGUGACAUAUAUUUCAAACCUUACCAAUUGGUAGAAAAAUGUUAUUGUAAAACACAAAAAUAACACAUUUUAUAUACAUGUAUUGAAUGAAAUUCAAAUUGGUUGCCAUGGCAACAAAAAUGCGUAUUGAUCAGCUUAACAAGGUUUACUUUUGAUGAAAUACCUGGUAAUCUUGGGUAUCAACUAGGUCUUACACAAUUAUUUUUCGAUAAUUAAAUUAAUAUAUGAACCAUUUGUUUAAAAAUGAUACUAAAUAUUUAAAGUAAUGUUUAAUAAAUACACAAAUGUGUAACGGUUGUUAUUUCAAUCCUAUUUUUAAAAAAAAAAAUUGUUUUAUUUCAAUUCUAUUUUUAGUUUAUUUUGUUUUCUUUAUCUGACGUGGAUUAUCGUGAUACGGGUAAUAUCAGAUAUGCAAUUUGGGCAUUUUAAUAUUAAUAUUAAUAUAUGGCGAUUUUCAAGACUAGUGCUCAAUAAAGGGAUGUAACUCAUGUUCAUGUAUAACAUACUCUUGUUUCUAUCACGCAAUCAAAGAAAUAACUACACCUCUUAUUAACGUUCAAUUGUCAACUUUAUAAGAGACACAGAAGCUUGCACUUUUUGAAGAAAAAAAAUUCUUGGUAAACAUUAUUGUUUGAUAAAUGUUGGAAUGAUAUCACUGUUUGUAACACUGGUAGCACCCUCCACAUAGCAUACGUACGUUGGCACAAUGUUGGUCCAAUGUAACCGGCUUUGUUGGCCCAACGUUGGGAGGACAAUGUUGGCACAAUGUCUAAGUACACAGUGGGCCUUUGUUGGCCCAACAUGUUGGUGCUGUGUUGACCCAACGUAGUGAUACAUGCAUGUAAUCGUUGGCUCAACGUUGUUUAUACCCUACGCCAAUCAUACAACCAUUUGCCAAUGUUGGCCCAACGUAGUCAUGCUAUCUGCACGGAUACUUUUGACCAAAUUAUGAGCAUUACACAUGGAAAACCUAAAUGAUAUUGUUCAUAAUCUAGUGCUCGCGGAAACAUCCAUUGUUGAAAUUGUCAUUUUAUAUCAAAAUUCUAGAACUUGCGAAUUAGCGCCUCCCACAUCAAGAACUUCAGAAUGAUGUUACUGAGAAAAUAAAAAUAAAGUACUCAAUUUGUACAUGUACAUCCUAAAAUUCGUCUCUAAUAAAUACCAUAUACAUAAUAUGUAGUAAGUUUAUUGAAUUAAAGGAGUAUAUCGUUUAUUUUAUUUUUUACGAAAAUUUAUAUAUUAUUCAUUGUCAACUGAGAAAAGUUCAUGAUUUGCCCCCAAAUCGUGUUUUUCUCAUGUGCCAUUUAAAAGUUGAGUUUGUGUCUGUGCAAAAUUACGAUGCUUUAAACUACAAACCGAACACUGGCUCGAGUUUUGUUUACAUAACACAUAGUAAAGGCUAAACUAUUGCACUAAGAAGGUCCCGGUUGUCAACUUUAUUGAUUAUCUUUAAUGAAUGAAAAAAUAUUAAAAACAAAACGUGAACCAUUCAAGUACUUUAAAAAUAAGUUAAAAACUGCGGAAAUGAAUUAUAAUUUUAAAAGCAAAUGAACUUUGUCGCGAUCAGUAUGACGUAAAGGGUAGGCCUAUUUGGUAUUUUGGCAUUGCUCCAGAGAACGAUUAUGUGCAGUAAGAGAAAACACGUACAUCAACCAUCUAAUAAGUCGAGCAGAACAAAAUGACAUAUGUUGGGAUUGGUGCAUUUCUCAUCUUUCUGCUACUGGUAAACCCAAGUGAACCUAAAAAAAAUGUGUUCUGCAAACCGAGGAGACACGAGCAUUAUAUCGAACAGUUUGGACAGUGCAAAAAAUGUGAUAGAUGUCCGCUAGGGUGGGGUUACGGAAUAGGCGACAGCAAGAAUGAAGUCGAUAUGGAUCCUGUACACGGUGCGACAUCCUGUCAGAGGUGUAUGCAGUGCAUUUCUGGAGUUUCCUUUAGUAAAUUCAUAGGCUACAUGCCAUGCCGAAAGUGCAAAAACUGCAGUACUAUAGGCAAAGUAGAAAUCAGGUCAUGCACAACAAAGCGAAAUUCUAAAUGUGGCGGCCCCUUUCCACCUCCAAAGAGUCAGGAGAUGUCUAGGCAGGACAUACCGAAGGAAGGUCCCGUUCAGAAUGAAGACAAGCAGCACACUUCACACCAGUUGAAUACAGGUGAAGAUUUGGUCAAUUUUAAGAGCGUUUUCCUGUGGACCAUCGCUGUGUGUAUGUUAAUUGCGACUUUCCUUAUAACAACAUUUUAUAUCUUGAGAAGAAAAAAAAGUGUGAAGAAGGAUGUUCACAAAGUAGAAGAAAUUCCUUUAAGUAUUUGUGGGGGUGAAGACAAUGAAGUGAUGACAGAGACAACAUCGCUGACUCAGGAUAACACAGGACAACGAGAACUGGUGCAAAAUCACACAGGACAACGAGAACUGGUGCAAAAUCACACAGGACAACGAGAACUGGUGCAAAAUAACACAGGACAACGAGAACUGGUGCAAAAUAACACAGGACGAGAACUGGUGCAAAAUCACACAGGACAACGAGAACUGGUGCAAAAUCACACAGGACAACGAAAACUGGUGCAAAAUCACACAGGACAACGAGAACUGGUGCAGGACAACAUAGAACAACGAGAACUGAUGCAAGAUAAAGGAGAACAACCUACAACACACAUUAGGAACUUUGCAACUCAAUCAGUUCAAUCUCUCGAAUCCGAUUUUCACUACGAACUGAAGACUAUUUCACCUGUUGAGGAAGAUGGGGUUUCAACUGCUGAAAGGCUACAAACUGCAGGCCCUCAUGUUCACAUUCGAGAUUCGAUAUCAAUCGGAGACAUGCUGACAGAUGCUCAAAUACAGAAUUUGUGUCCAGAAUUGGCUGCAGGCAACACUUACCGAAGACUAGGGCGCAUGCUUGGUGUACGUGACAAUGACAUUGAAAUUAUCAGAGAAGAAAACCGAGACGAUCCGAAGGAGGCUGCUUUUCAGACGUUAAAAAAAUGGAGGGAGGUGAAAGGCCAAGAGGCUACGAAACGACGACUCCGAGAAGCACUACGUCAUGCUGAUCGACAGGACCUUGCAGACAAAAUCAAGUAAAAUGGACUGAACUAAGGCAGUCCAGUUAUUGCUGAAAGAGGCUGCACUUCCUCAAGUGUCCAGUAUACGUUCCCAACACACCGAAAGGGUCCUCCAUUCUGCAUGUUUUACCAAGUACUCUAUGCAGCAAAACAUGUAUGGUCAAUCUGGCCAGGAAUCUUAGCAAAUUGUUCCCAUGGCUGAGUAGGAAAUAUAAUUUGUUACAUCGGUCAUUCACCAGAUAUGAUCAAAUGUCAAAAGAGUGGCUUCAUGCAAAUACUAUAUGAAACCGUUUGUUUUGUGCUGCUGGUGUUGAAAUAAAUAAAAUGUUUGCUCGUUUUAAAA